GGAAUCCCAAAGAGAAAAUCAUCUCUGUCCUGGUGCCAGUAAUGCACACUUGCGCAAUUAGUGCCCAAUGGGUGGACAGUUGCAGGUCUUAGAAGCUGGAGACAUUACAUUCUACAUUGGUUGUAGCAGCUGCAAUAGAAAAGUGAACUACAUAGAAGGAAUCAAUUUUAAAUGCAUGCUGUGUGGUGACCCUGAAACAAAAACAAUUAAGAGAUUCAGAAUUCUGGCUGAAAUAAAAGAUGAGCUUAGUGCUCUACAGGUCACACUCUUCACCGACACACUUGAAAAGAUUGUACGAGCACUUGAAUUGAAUACACCAAUGGAGUUCAUAAAAUGCGUGGAUUUGAACAACAGUCUUGAAUCUCAGAAGGUGACAGCUGCAGUGAAACAACCACCUCGCACCGAACAAACAUCUGCAUCGAAGAUAUUCUCAGUUCAAUGCCUUUACGACCUCCGUGAUGAAAAAAACAACAAGUCCAACCCUUAAGAGAAAGCUGAAAGUGGAAGAACCUAGUCCCAAAAAACAGUGCUGAGACAUUUCAUCAUGGUAGAAGCCUUUUGGGCUUAGAUCCUGCUAGGUUGGAAAC